AUGUCGCAUCACUAUCGUAUUAAUGGAUCUAUGCUUCAACAAUUUAGUGGAAAGCCAGUUAGUAUUAUUGGUACUGUUAGUAAGGUUCAUCCAACUGGCAAUGUAAUCGAUUUGGAAACCAGUGAUAAACAGCAUAUUGUUGUUCGUUCAACAGAACGUGUCGCUGUCGAUGCUGGUAGUAUUAUUGAAGUACUUGGAAAUGUUGAUAAUCGAAAUCAAAUUAUUUGUGAUUCAGUCAUAGCAUUUGAACCUGAACAAACGGCCAAUUUUGAUAUGGAUAUGUACAAUCAAGCUGUUCUACUUUUUCAACAUUAUCCUCAAGACUAUCUUGUUAAUCUCUAG